UCCAGGCUCAAGGCUCAGCAGAAGCAGCAGCUGCAGGGGGUCAACGUCUGUGGAGGGCAGUGCUGCCAAGGCUGGAGUAAGGCCCCUGGCUCCCAGAGGUGCACCAAACCCAGCUGUGUGCCACCGUGCCAGAAUGGAGGGAUGUGUCUCCGGCCUCAACUCUGUGUGUGCAAACCAGGGACCAAGGGCAAAGCCUGUGAGAUGACAGCCGCCCAGGACACCUCAUCGCCAGUGUUUGCAGGGCAGGGUCCCGGGGCUGCGGCCUCCUGGGUCCCUCCUGAGCAAGCAUCGAAGCGCACUUCAUCGAAGAAGGCAGACACCCUCCCAAGGGUCAGCCCCGUGGCCCAGAUGACCUUGACCCUCAAGCCCAAGCCGUCCGUGGGACUCGCCCAGCAGAUACAUUCUCAGCAGACUAGGGAGAAUAAGCAGGAGGCUGUGAGUGGAGGCAGCAGGACCCAGCAUCCACGCCCUGAAGUGGAGGGGGGCCAACUUCUUCUGUGAAGGCUCAGAUCUCUUGGGCGUUGGGGGACAUACGGUUUCUGUCGCAGCUCCUCGGUUCUGUCGUCAUAACGCAGCAUCAGCCACAGACGAUGCCGAAAUGAACGUGUGACCGCUCCAAUAAAACUUUAUUUAUGGCUAUGGAAAUUUGAAUGUCAUAUAAAUUUCACAUGUCACCCAAUA